CUCCUCCCUCCAGGAGGCGUGGCCUGCCUCUCUGCCUGUCUCCCUGCCUUCCGGCGUCGGCGAUGGCGCUGAUCGAGGGCGUCGGGGACGAGGUGACUGCUCUCUUCGGCCUGGUGGGGGCGCUGCUGGUCCUGGCCUUGGCCUGGCUCUCCACGCGCACCGCCGGACCCGCGCCCGCCUCGCCCAACGCCACCGCCUCCUCCGAACAGGAGCCCCCUGGCGGGAGGGAGGUCGCCGCGGCCCCCGACGAGGAGGAAGGGGAGGAGCCUCCGGGCAGCCGCCGGGAAGCGGAAGCGGAAGGGGAGCUCCGGCACCGCGCCCCCCAGGAGAACCCCCCCGCAGGAACAACAACAACAACAACAGCAGCUGCCACCCCGACCGGAAGUGGUGGUGGGGAUGGUGGGUCCUUCGUCCUGCGGCUCAAGUUCCUCAACGACACCGAGCGCCUGGCCAGGGUCCGCCCCGAGGACACCGUCGGAGCCCUCAAGAGGGCCCAGUUCCCGGGGCAGGAGCAGCUGGUGCGUCUGAUCUUCCAGGGGCAGCUGCUGGGGGACGACACGCAGACGUUGGGGGCCCUGCAGCUGAGCGACCGCAGCGUGCUGCACUGCUACAUCUCCUCCCAGCGGCACCGGGCGGAGCACCAGCCCCAGGCGGGAGGGCCCCGCUCGCACCCCGGCCACGGCCCGGCCCUGCAGGUGGGCAGCCUGAUGAUGCCGCUCUUUGUGCUGAUGCUGGGGGGCCUCUGGUACUUCCAGCUCCAGUACCGCCACCUCUUCACCGCCACGGCCACCGCCUGCCUGGCCGGCCUCACCCUCCUCUUCAGCGCCAUGGCCUUCGCCGUCUACCGCAGAUAGGACGGGCGCAGGCGGGGGGGCGGAGGUGGACGGACGGACAGAGUGGCCUCUGAGGAACCCCCACCCACUCCCUGCCUGCCUGCCUGCCUCUGGGCAGCUACAAGGAGGAGGAAGGACAUGCGCUGGAUCCCUCUGCAGCAUUGACUCGGGAUUUGGCCCCUUGCUUGUGCCUCAAAGCAGCUCCUUCUGAAGGGAUCGUGUUGCUAGAGGGCCUCCCUCUUAGGCCUAAAGGGGGUCUUGGGGGGUGGGUCAGGAGGGGGCUGGGCGCUGGCCUUGCCCCCCAAGGAAGAGAGAGAAGGACGUGGGAAGAGAGGCGCCUCUGCCUCGGACUAGGCCUCUUUUGGCAUUAAAGGCAAGCUGUGAAGGA